UCGGCGAUCGCUCGGUUCGCUCCGCGCUCUGCGUUUAUGCCAGAGGUUUUCAACCGCCCCGCAGUCGAUCUCUCGCGUAAGAGUGACGUGCAACGUCGUGCACACUAACAACCAUCCGUUGAGAGGAUAUCGCGCAUUGUAUUUAUCGUCGUCGUAAUACACAAAAAGUGUUACGUUUCUCACGCGUCGAGGUUAUCCGUGAAACGUUGCGAAAUCAGGUCGCGCGAUGUUUUCCGCUCGCGAAUCAGACUCGGGGAUUGCGGAGCGUGAAAACUGAAAAACACUGAGCUACGUCAUACACAACGCGCGGCCGGUGUGGGGUAAGAGAGUCGAGAUAAGCGGUAGUGGUAGUGAUGUGAAACAUCGGUGAGUCGGCUGGUUGGUGGCACAUCGGCAGGCCAAGCCGAGGGAGCGGUAGACCGGAGUUUAGGUGCGACGCGACGGAACGAGAGAGAGAGAGAGAGAGAGAGAGAGAGAGAGAGAGAGAGAGAGAGAGAGAGAAAGAGAGGAGGAAAACGCGGCGCAGCGCGGUUUCGGGCUCCUCGGCGGCUUCAGAAAUGGCCGCGGGAAAGUAGAGAGCGCAGCGCGUUUCGUCGCUGGCUGACAGCAGGCUGGAACGGAGAUUGGCCGGGUUUGGGGAUCGUCAAAGUUCGGGUCGGUUGUUGGAGCGAGUCAAAGUUUCUGGAGCACCACCGCGGCUCGCAUCCGGGAACAUCGGAUGCGAUCGAUUCACGCACCGGACACAAUUCCGGAAUACGAGAUGUGAGAAUACGGUGCGUGUGUUAAUAAACUAUUAAACGACGAUCUCACGACGGAAGCGACGGUGUGAACCGUACGAAGACCGCUACUCUCUCUGAUAGAGACAGAUUGGGAAAAAAAAACGAUUCCUCGCUUGGUUCCAGUACGAGAAAGGAUGGCCGGCGACGACGGAACAGCAACGAACAAUGAGAUUCGUGGCGCGGGAGGUGGUGAGGAGGGGCAAGAUACGUCAGCGCGAGGGGAACUGCAUUCCAGAGUGGGCGGUAUUCUGGAAUGUGAUCCCCCCGGUAACAGGAAUUCGUCGAACGAGCGAUCCGCCGCCGCCGCCGACGACAACGAGGACGGUGUCUGCCGAUAUGCGGUCGGCGCUGCUAACCGUGCAAUGUCUUUCUUCGAGAUGUGCCAGAUUCGACUGCAGCACCUUUUCCCACAAUUAGGCCUACCCCCGAAGUACAAUAUUCACAAAGAUUCUAUAGAAUCAACAGCGGAGAGUUUGGCCAAUGAUGUAAUACGGUACUUAUUGAAGGAAGAUAUCUACCUUAUGUCCCAGGAUCCAGUGUCUCGCAGUAUGAGGCAUAAUGUGUAUCAGAUGCUUAACAAACACAGCAUACUCUUCACGAGUAUGGUGAACCGUUUGAAUGUUGUCCCAGAUACCGCGUACGAAACAUUUACGGGAAUUGCCAACGAGUUAUUUUUACAUGGCGUUAUCACAUGGGCCAAAAUUGUUUGCUUAUACGCUUUCAUGGGAAGAUUGGCUUUGUGGGCCAGAGACAGAAGAAUGCACUGUCUUAAAAAGAGGUUGCCACUGUAUAUCUCUAGAUAUGUCAGCGAAAACAUAGCGCAUUAUAUUAAAGGCUAUGGUGGAUGGGAGCACUUGUGCGUGGAAUAUCCUGUGGCUGAAGAAAUUAGCGGAGCAAUUUGGAGGAGUCUGUUAAUGACGGGAGCGACUCUUGGUUUAAUAGCUACAAUCUUGUCGGUGACUCCCUGAUGAAGCCUUACGAGAUCGUGCAGUUUCGAAAUCGUUUCGUCUAAAGAAUCUCGCGUACUUAUACUUGACGAGAACACUCCCGAAAGAGAGAUGUGAUGAGAGGGGGGGGGGUUUCUAUAACGUUCUUAUACACACAAUCACAUUUUACACGAACAUCGGACCAACGAUGUGAUACAAACGGAUCGCUUGCUACGUCUACACGAGAAACAUACAAAAAUUAACAAAAGAUACUCCAACGUGAUGACACAUACAAUUUUCAUAUCAAUGUCACUCGGCUUAGAAUCGUCCUACUUUUUAUAUAACUCCAGCGCACAUAUAGCAUGAGCGACAGACAAUGACACUAGUUUCCUAUUAUAAUAUCUUUAUAAUAAACUAGUGAAAUUAAUAGGCAGAAUAUCUUAUUUAAUUUUACACAAUAUAUAGGCAUUUUUUUAAAUAUUAUAUAAUUUCUAUAAUAGUAAUACUCAAAAUUGAGGGGAGAAAUUAUUAUACAAAUUUUUCUAUAAAGAAUCUCAAAAAAUUUAUUGAAUUUAGGUAGACACAAUCUAUUUAUUUAUAAUUUAUUUUAGGUAGAGAAUAUAUUUUAAAUAAUAAAUUUUUUAAAUAUGUUUUUGAUCAAAACUGAUCGCGUCUCGAUACGAUUAUAUAUGUAUAUAUAAACCUUAUAGUUUAUAUAUAUAUAUAAACCUUAUAGUUUAUAUAUAUAUAUAUAUAUAUAUAAACCUUAAGAAAUAUAUGUAAUAUCGGUGAAAAAAACAAUGGCUAGAAACAAUAUAGUGAUAUACGAUGAAAUACUAGCGACUUUCUCUUUUGUCUUGUAUAUGUUGAUAUAUUCUAUUACUUACAAAAAUUUUAUA